AAUCUGUGCUUCAUAGUUCUUAACUGUCAAGUGUAUACAUUCAUGUGACAUUUUAUGUUAUUUCUAACUCAGGAUAGAAGUAAUUUUGAUGAAAAUAUCACAAUAAAUACUUUGAAUAAUGUCUCCAUUUAAUCAUAUUUGUCGUUUAAGUAAUUUUAUAACUGGUAGUUAUAAAAAUAUAUUACUAGGAAGAACAACUUGGCUCAAUCAAACACAAAUAUGUAAUUAUACAAAAAAAUCAGCUGAAGCGAAGCUAGGAAUUGAAAAACCAAAAAGACCUUUGACACCAUUUUUUAAAUUUAUGACGCAAAUGCGACCCGCACUUCUCGCCAAAAACCCUGGGAUUAGCUCUAAAGAGGCCAUAGCAUGGAGUUCAAAACAUUGGCAAGAAUUAGAUAAUGAGACAAAGGCGCAAAUGUUAAAAGAAUAUGAAAAAGAUUUGGAAGAUUAUAAAAAAAUCAAAGAAAUAUACGAGUCCUCACUUACUGAGCAACAAAAAGAAGAUAUUAAAAGAGUCAAGGAAGAAAUGGCUGCUGCUAAAGAAAAAAGAAAAUUAAAAGCUGAAUAUAAAGAAAUGGGCCGGCCGAAGAAACCAAUGUCUUCCUAUUUUCUCUAUGCGCAAUCAAGAAAUGAAACAUUUAAGAGUAACAAUUUGAAAGAAUAUCAAGAAAGAGUUAAGAAGGACUGGUUGAAACUACCCGAGAGUGAGAGGACCAGAUAUGAAAAACAGGCACAAGAGCUUAUGAAUAAGUAUAAAAAAGAUUUAGAAGCAUGGGAAUUAAAAAUGUUAUCAAUCGGUCGUUCUGAUCUCGUCCGUCAAAAGCCUUUACGACAGAAAAAGACAAAGUCUAUAAAAGAUUCACAAUAGGGACUCGGGUGCUCUGACGUAUCUGUUCAAACUUUAUAUACAGAAUCUAGUAGUAAUGAAAGUAUUUAUAGUGUAACAAAUCAAGAUACGACAGAAAAUAAAAUACAAAAAGAAACUGAUCUUCCAAACAUCAUUGUUUCAAACAAAAAAAGUAGUGUGAGCAACAACGAACCAUUGGAAAAUGAACGUCAGAGCACGAGUGACCGAGAAACUGUUAAUGAUAAUUCUAAACAAUCAGAAAAUACCUCAAUAAAAGAAGAACGAAAAAGUAAGACAAUUAUGACUAGUAUUAAAAGCUUCUUUAAAUUUUAGUUGUUAUUUGUAUUUAGUUUGCUGUAGUAUUGACAUCAUUUAUGUAAGGGUUUUCGAUGUAAGAAUUUGUUUUCUUAUUCAAUAGUUAUAUUACUUCAUAAAAAUUUAUGGAUUUA